UUAAAGACUAAUUCAGCUCUGUACUUUCAUUUGAGAGGAUCUUCCUCCCUCUCUCUCUGUUUGUGUGUGUGUAUAUAUAUAUUGUGCGGCUUCUGGCAGUGGCACCAUUGGAAGAACCAAAACCAGAGCAAGUAAAUAAAUGGCUAGGAAGAGAAAGCCCAGUGAAGGAGCUGAGGAUAACAACUCUGAACAAGGAAACUUGGCCUGCUGGGAUGAGGAGAUGGUAAAGGAGACUGCUGAAGCUGCAGCACUGGGCGCAGCCCGGCGAGCUCGAAAGAGAUUUGUUGGGGUUAGGCAAAGGCCAUCAGGCAGAUGGGUGGCUGAGAUAAAGGACACCAUUCACAAGAUCAGGGUGUGGUUAGGCACUUUUGACACAGCAGAAGAAGCGGCAAGGGCCUAUGAUGAGGCUGCUUGCCUGCUUCGAGGCGCCAACACUCGCACAAAUUUCUGGUCGCCUUCUCCUACAUAUUCUUCAACUCCAGCCCUUCCCUCUAAGAUCACUAACCUUCUCCUCCAUAGGCUUAAAGCAACAAACAAUUCUUUAGUUGCUUCAUCUACUACUACUGCACUACCUAUUAGCCAACACCAGAAACAGGCAUUCAGAGACGAAGUACCUGACCUUUCAGAUAUUUCUGAUGCUCAAUUCACUGAUUUCCUGAAUGAUCCUGAAGACUACUCCAUUGACAACAUGAUCACCAACACUGGUAUUAAUACUGAUGAUUACACAACUACAAGUUUUGAGUCGUGUUUAACUGAUAAAGAGAAGCCGGAUUUUGAGCAUGCCUGCAGUGAUCCAGCAGAGUCAUAUAGUGUUGAUGGAAAUCGUGGAGCGGGAGAAAUAGAAGAUGACGAAGAAGAGGGGAGUGAUCUAGGGGUUGGGGAUUUGCAGUUUGUAGAUGAAGUUGGAUCACCAUGUUACUACUCUCCUUUUGAGAUUGCUGAAGAGAUAGCAGAACCUCUGGAACAGGAUUUUUGUGGGGAUGAACCAUCCUCCAUGCUUGGAGAGGCAAUGAAGAGGAUGAAAUAUGAGCGCAAGUUCUCAGCUUCGCUCUAUGCAUUCAAUGGUAUACCGGAGUGUCUAAGGUUGAAGCUUGGCUCGAAGAGUGUCAACCCCAGAGGAUAUUCUGAUCACUUGACCAGUCUCAGGAAUGCAUGUAACAAGAAGCAAGAGGAGAUGAUAUUGGAAGGCAAAACAAACGAACAGGAGGAAGGUGAACAAAGUUCAACUAUGGAAAUGGGAUCGUCUGAUGGUGAGCUCUCACUCUGGAGCUCCCUUGACCUCCCACCUAUCUGUUUUGUUAAUUGACUAGUAGACAUUUCAUGAUCUAAUGGAUGAGCUAACAAAGAUAAUUAAAUGCUCUAUCUUGUGCUAAUGUUUCCUUUCAACAUAGAAGGCGGCAAUCCUACUUAGGGUCUGGAUUGCAUGUAACUUUACUUUACAUGUUCAAGAGAUUUUAUCAAUUGGGACUGAGGGGAAGCAAGGAUCAUUUAUCUGAUGGCAAUAGAUGUGAUAAAGAGUUGGAAAAUUUGAGGCUUCUAGCUCUACAGCUCCAGGAUUUAAUUUUCAACAAUAAAUAUCAUCAACUGCCCUGUUCUGCAUACCACUUUCCUGGGAUUAUUGCCACUUUCUUUUUGUUGUAUACUGGGAGAAUCUCAAGACAGAAAAUAGUUCUUUAGAAACUCUCAUUGGCUAUACUAAUAGGUUACUCAAGUUUUCAUAUAUA